UAGGAGGUCGGAACCUCAAAGGCUAGACUAAAGUAAAGAUACAGACUCAUUGCUGCUGCACCUGGCAGGAUAUCCAAAGGUCGAAUGAGAAGCGUCUUGCAGCCCUUGAAGAGACGAUGAGUUGGUUUUAUCUGCAGGGACAGGAAAACCACACUGUCUAACUGGGUUUGUUCUGGGCUGCUGACCCAAUAAGCAGCAUUCGUAUCCAAAGCCUCUGACUGUCAGACAGAUCAAGCCCUUUGUGCUGUGAGGCUUUCAUCCCCCUGGACUGCAGUGAGACGAUGUGACAGGUCUCGCUCGCUGUGCCUUCCUGUGACUGUGUCUCCACUGCUGAGGCCACCAUGCAGGAGUGCCACACCGCACUGUGUCUCUCCGUCUACCUCAUCACCUUUUUGACGGGCCUCCCGGCCAAUGCUGUGGCCUUCUACACUUUCAGCAAGAAAGUGAGACAAAAACCUACGCCCAUUGACAUCCUGCUCCUCAACCUGACCAUCUCCGACCUCCUGUUCCUUCUCUUUCUGCCAUUCAAGAUGCAGGAAGUCACUGCCCAUAUGGCCUGGAACCUGCCCUACAUCCUCUGUCCUGUAUCCAGCUUCAUCUUCUACAUGACAAUCUAUGUUAGCACCUUUUUCCUGACAGCGGUCAGCGUAGAACGCUACCUGGGCGUGGCCUUCCCCAUCCAGCAUUCGUUGAAGCGCCGGCCUUUGUAUGCUGUGGCAGCCAGUGUCUUCAUCUGGGUCUUCUCGGUCCUCCAACUGAGUAUCGUCAUUAUUAUGCCAUUUUAUAACCCCUCGCAAGACUCUGUCAGUUCCACAACCAACUCUUCCAGUGGCUACCUAUCAACCAACUUUAAUGGAUCCAUUAGGGACACAGACCACAUUGUUUCAUCCAGGAAUGUGUGCUAUGAGGACUUCAGCAAGGAGCAACUAGAGAUACUUCUACCUGUGCGUCUGGAGCUCUGCCUGGUUCUAUUCUGUGUACCUUUUCUCAUCUGCAGCUUCUGCUACAUCAACUUCAUCCGCAUCCUGUCCGGCCUGCCACACAUUGGGCGUCGAAGACGCCUUCGUGCUAUUGGCCUGGCUCUGGGGACACUGUUGGUGUUUGCCUUCUGCUUUGGCCCCUACAACAUCUCGCACAUUGUGGGCUUUAUAACAGGAAAGAACCCUGACUGGAGGGACAUGGCCUUGCUCUGCAGCACCUUUAAUGCCUGCCUGGACCCCUUCAUAUUCUACUUCUCCUCUGCAGCCGUUAGAGGGACCCUAGGGAGUCUGCUUAAGGGAGCCAGAAUCAGGAUGGCCAAGUGUGUGCACUGUGGUUGUCACAACCUCUGGUUCCCUCAAAAGGGAUUGAGAAAACCUCCGAAAGAAAUGAGAUCGACACAAGUGGAGAAUAAUGCUAUUUGAAGCUAAUUGACUAGGGCCCUGCGGCUCCUCAUGCAUAGAGAUAUGUUUAUGUUUUAACACGUGAGUCCGGAGAGAGUGUCAUUUAGAGACUGUCAUUUAUUGUGUCUGAAUCUCUGUUUGAUCAUCGGCUGGCAAACUUCCUUCUCAGAUUAGAAACAGGAUAUGGGAGAUCCAGAGAUUUCCUCCUGAGAGACACAAAACAAGGGCUCUCAAGGGGUAGUUGCUGCCUUGAUGAAGUUUCCUGGAAUCAAGUGCAGUCAUUGCCAAUUAUGUAUUAUAAAUACACACCUACUGUGACGGUGACCGUACAUGUGUUGUCUUGAUUUGCCUAACAAGACUGGCAAACAGAACAGAGAAAUGUAAUUGAUUAGCAGGUAAAAGGUGUGUUUACCAUAUUGUUUUCCAAUUAUUUUUCAUAAGGUUGAUGCCUGUUUACAGAAAUAGUGUCUCUGAUCAAUCUGUAAUCUGAAACAUUACAGAUUUCACAAAAUAAAUGAAAUGUUAAUUGACAUAUUUUAUGCAGUGUCUCAUAAAACAGCAACAUUGCCUAUACAUUUUAAUCGCAAAACUAAAUAUGUAAUACUAAACAUCCACAAUACGGAAUGAAUAGUUUUGGGAGCAUUAUGGGAGAUCUCAAUUGUAGGGACCAACAGCUCUAAAACCUGAGAAACACUUUAAGAACAACAUCUCUGGACACCGAAAGAUAAGCCCCACAAACAAGUGUCACAGUAAUAUCUUGGUUAAAAGGACCACGAUAUGUUCUGUGUGCUUUUCAUUUCUAUUUCAGCAUGGAGCACUGUCAGAGUGUGUUUGUGGAUUUGUGUGAGAGAGAUUGUGUGAGUGCGUGAGAUCAUAAGAUUACUAUUAUUUGCUUUGUGCAAUUAAUGUGAACUCAUUGUCCCCAAUUUGUAUACACCUCUAAAAU